UCAAAAUAGUUGGUUGUUCUUUGUAAUAAUCUAAACGUACUGAAAAAUAAGAAUGGUAUCUUCUCAAACGUUAAUAACAUUAACAGUGAUCAGUAUUUUAAGAUGCAGUGAGUCCAAUAAAUAUAAAGCUGCUCUACACAGUGCUGGUUAUUCAGAAAAUUUUGAACAAUUUUCAACAUUUCGGGUCAAUUUGAAGAAAUGGGAUGAAAGUAUCAAAGGUAUUUCGCAUGAAUUUAUGGACGCAUUAAAAAAAAAAGGAUGUUAUAAGGACGAUAUUCUGAUGAAACCAUUAGGAUAUUGUAAAUAUCUCUAUUCAACGAUGGAAAAUGAUUUUGGAUGGUUUGCUAUUAAUGGUAUAAUUAUUAUAUUAUUUUAACUUACACUAAAAUUUUAAAGAUCAUCUAUACAUUUUCAGGAAUUAUAUUAAUUUAUUUUAUGAUAAAAUUGUAUAUAUUUAUGAAAUUCUGCCGUAAACAAUAUCAUUAAUAGCCAUGCACAAGGCGUUUUUCACUUUAAAAUCAUAGACUUGUUGUCUUUUUUUUCAUCAUAUAUUUUAUAAAAUAGCAUAUAAUCUAUUUUUCAUAAGAAUUAUCUCAAAUGGAAAUACCAUUUUUCAGCUGUAAUUAUUCUGAACCUUACCAUCUUGUUUUUACAAAGUUACAACCCAGAAAUGCAUUUCUCCACCUAAUCAAAAAUAUUCCUACAGAUCCGUUCGUAUAAAAUCCGUAUCUUCUAAGUUACAAAAAAAUAAGCAGACUUCCAAUUUUCAAGAAAUUAUAGCUAUUUAUAGUUAUGUCGAAGCCCUAUGUUUAUAUUGUGAGGUUUUACUGUGACAGGUUUUUAGCCUACCGUCAAGCAUCCGAUCUUGAUAGUCAGAACCACAACAAGAAAUCAGGUAGCAAUAAAUACAAACUUUUACAUAACUAUAGGCGAAGUGAGAUUUAUUAUCUCCAACCUAAAUUUUAUAAAUAGAAAUAUUUAUAACAAAAAAUGUUUGAAUAAAUUAUCUUGAAUUAUAUUUAUUAGCACUGUAUUUAUAUUAAUAUUGUGCGAGAAGCACAACCAUUAUUCGAAAUUCAUAAUACUUGUAUUAAUUUAUAGUCAUUAACUAUUUUAUUGCAUUAAUUUAGCUAUUUAUUCCAAAGGUAAGGACACAACAUUAUUUAUUCAUUAAGUUUUAUUUAUUCAGUUAUUCCUACAGUGGUUACCUAAUAGUUAAUACUUAACUAUAGUAGAUAUACACUCACUAAUAAUUGUAUUACCGGUGGUUUAACCUUUUAUUUCGGAAGUUAUCCGUUUCCGCCAAAAUAAUAUUAUCCGAUUCCGCCAUAGCCCUUUUUGCCAAAAAACGAAGAAGGUACAAUUCCCGUUUCCGCCAAAAAAUUUUUUUUUUUUUAAGUUUAAUCUUGUAUUAAGCUUCCCAAGAUAUUUUACCCACAGACAAACAAAAAAUAAAUGACUCGAAUCAUUCUAAAAAAAAUCUUGAAUUAUUAUCACAUGUUUUUAUUUAUUAUAUUUCAAAUAGAAGUAUUUUAAUUACCAUUAAACAUAUUAUAUUAAUUAAUUAUAUAUUUAUGUUUAUUCAUUCACAGAAAGGGACGAUAGUAAGUUUUUGGCUGAGACUAAAUCGUUUUAACUUUUCUUAAAAAUUAUUUUUUUGUUUAACAUAUCAUAAAUUAAAUUGACAGUAUCAUGUUAAAUAUUUUAUCUUGUAAAUGAUCCAUUAUACAGUUAUUGUGAUAUUUUUUGAUUUAUACUACUAAUGAAUUAAUUAAAUUUUCCAUUCACAGUAAUUAAAAGUAAGCUCAUGGUAUAUGAUAUAUUAUUACUAAUUUACCAAUUACACCUAAUUUAUAAUAAAUAUUUUAAUCGUAUUUAAAUUAAAUUUAAAGUUUUUCGAUUAACUAUAAAGUCCAACUCAGAUUUUGACUUCCUACAUUUUAGAUUAUAAAAGAACACACCUUAUCUAAAACGCCGUAGCAGGAUUAUCCACCUACAACAAGCCAAUGACAUCCAAUCCAAAUUUCUUUUAAAUCGAGUUAUCGAAAACACAACAUACGCAACAUAUAAACCUUAACAUAGUUUUUAAAAAAGAAAUUGAUUAAAUGAUAAUUUUGAUAUUGGUUAAAUUGAAAUAGUACGAUACAAUUCAUCAGAAAAUUAUAAUUGAAUUUAGAAUUGUUUUAUAUGUUUAGACUGUCUUGGUAAGAUAAGCGAUGUUACUUUAAAUACUUUAUUUAUAAUAAAAGUA